GUGGUCCGAAUUUUCUCCGAAAAUAUAUCAACGAAUGAUACCACGUCUACUUCUGCCAUGGUGCCGUUCCUCCAAACGGCGUUGUCGCUGUUCGGCAUGGGCGAGUUUGCGACGCACCACGCGACGCGCGCUGUGUACGCCACCACAGGCAUGCUGCAAGUGUCUCUGCUAUCGCUGGGAGCACUCACGUUUGAUUCGGAAGAUGCAACGUUCCAAAAGAUCAAGCAGUCCAAGGUGAAGGCGGUGGCCACCGUUGGCGCGGUGGCGCUAGCGUUCUUGGGGCUCGGCAGUCUCGUCGAAGUGUCGGCGGGGUAUGGCCAGUUUAUGGCUGCCGCCAUCAAGGUCUUGGGCUUUGGCGGCAUUCGAAACUAUGUGCUCCCGUACGUGGUCGGGAAAAAUGCCGAGUGCGUGUUCUUCGUCCUCCUUUUUGCCGGCACGUUGCUCGACGGGUUCGACCCGACCACGUCGUCCGCAGUGACAGCGGCAACCGUUGUUGGUAGUAGUCGCAGCCACCACGACGACCACCAUCACGCUGCCUAAUCGAGAGAACUCGCAUGUCGUCAGCCUUUUCGUUGUGCAUGCGAUCACGGACAAUCGACCAAGCGUCGACAAAGCUCCGCUGACCGACCAAAUAAAACCAUUUGACUCGCA